AUGCCACGCGGUUUGCAGAGGUAUGCUUUCGUCGAGUUUGCGUCUGGAAGCGCGUUGUUACGGGUGCGGCGGGUGAAGCGUUCCGCGUCAAGAACUAGCCGCACACCGGCACGCUGUGCUGUGUCAGAGCCGUCACCAGCGUCACCGUCCAGUGGCGACCAGCCGACCCAGACAGUGCGUGUACGACCUGAUGAGCGGCCGCUGCGGCUGAAUGCGCUACAGCGCUGGUUGCUCGGCCGACUGAGGCGAAGCCUCGAGCGCCUCUCCCCCGGCAACGUGCCCAACCUGCUUAGGAGCGCCGUCGCGCGGGCGCGUGGUGCCCCCGCGGACCCACCGCCCUUGGACGAUGACUACCUCGACAGUGUGCUGCUCCCAGAGUCAGAUGAGCGGCCCUUUAUAUCGCCGGCACUCCGACGCGUUCUGCGCGACGCGCCUGCGCAGCCUGCCAAGGGCGUUUACACAAGCGACCCGUCGCGGACGUUCUGGGAGCAACUGAUCCUAUGGGCAGGCGUGGUGCUCGUCGCUCUCGCCGUCCUGCGCGUCCUUUGGCUCUUUAUCAGUGCUAUCCUGGGAAUUUCGCUGAGUCUCAUCGUCAUCGCCGUCGUCACCGUGUUCGUUUUCGUGGCGUUCACAAUACUCGGCUAG